GAAGAGACAGAAAUGUGGAAAAUAAGGGAGUGGGAGAAGCAGACAGAAGAGACCUACUGGAAAAGGCAAAGCAGAAUGCUGUCAGACACCUCCAGCAGCCGGAUGCGCAGUGAUGGCUUUGAUGAGGAGGGCCACAGGGCUGACUGGAAAACAAAAAACUCACAAUUUCUUGACCCAGUCGAAGAUGAUCUCCUUAGGGCCCGAUCCUGGAAUAAAAAGCUAUAUGAAUGUGAAGCCAACAUGCCAGACAGAUGGGGUCACAGUGGCUAUAAAGAGUUGUAUCCUGAAGAAUUUGAUACAGAUAGUGACCAGCAAGAAGGAGAUGAACAAAAUGCUAUCAAUGGGAAGAAGAAAUCUCACGUGGGAAAGCAAACUGCCCAUGAGUCGCACAAACGGAAAAAAACAAAGAAAUCGCACAAGAAGAAGCAAAAAAAGCGAUCACACAAAAAGCGAAAGAAAAAGAAAAAGGACCAGGGGAGAACAUCAUCAGAUUCUUCUCGGGAGAGCGAGUGCUCAGAAGAGGAGACUUCAAGCACCCGGAAAGGGAAACACAAGCGCAAGAAAAAAACCAGGAAAGUGCCUGCCAGGGAACCUACCUCUUCAUCUGGGCAGGAGAGUGACUUUUCUCAUGCAAGCAGCUCAACCACCAGCAGCUCUGAGGACAGUGAAUCUGAGGAGAAAAAGGAGAAACGGCCCCCAAAAAAGAGAAAGAAACUUCACAAUUCUGUGUCAGAGGAGCCCAUUGAAGUACCAGAGAAGAAGAACAAGAGGAAGAACUGGAAAGUGGCCGCUGAUGAAAAAUCAGAGGAGAGCUCGGAUGAGGACUGAUGAGUCUAGGCUGCAGCUCAAACAAUAAGGUAGAGAGGCAGGUGUU